AUGCUUCCAAAGCGCCGACAAAGAGGGGGUUCAAAUUCGAGCAAUUUAUUUCAUUAUAACAACCAAGUUGAAUUAACGUUUAAAGGUCAACCGAAGGAAGAGAUGUUGGAAAAAGUUACAGAAGUUGGAGAUUCAGGAUCCGAUGAUUCAGGAUCCGAUGAACGAGAACGAGAACGAGAUUCAGGAUCCGAUUGUGAACAGUUUCCUGAUGAGAUUCUGAAAAUACGCAAGGAGUUAUAUCCAGAACUAAAGAAGGCAAGAGAUGCGGGUAAAAAGGCGAAACUGGUUAAGGACAAACUUAUUAUUGAGG